AUGCAAUGGUCAAAACUAGAAGACCAGGUACAUGUUUGCGACUUUCUUGCUGAGGAAGGUCUUACACUUGAGGAUGGCAAUAUGGAGUCAAAUGAAAGGGGUUUUAGUAAGAUUAUGAGAUCUGAACACCCUAGAAAAGUUCAAAUGCAAGGUUUUGGUGUCAUUCCAACCCGAUACUUUCCUAAUAGCAGCAGUGAACUGGCAGUGAUAGCGGAAGCAAUUUUAGUAGGGAAUGAUAAUUCAUCUGAUGCCCGGAGUUCUUGGGAGAAGAGGAAGGCGCACCAGAAACAGAGAGCAAUCCAAGUCGUUGGAUCUCAGUCUCUUAUCCGUCUAAGAGGAUUCGAGCGCAAACAGAGGUGCAGAUCGAAGAGCUACGGACUCCUUAUCGCCACCGAGGAAAUGGCGUCAUUGAUAUCUACAGCUUCGGUUGGGAUUCCUCCGGCAUCAUUCAGAGAAGGCAAGCAGCAUCCGACGACUUGGCGCCGGGGAAGCGGAGUUGGAGGAGGCCCGAUGAUGGUGGAGUGUUCUUCUAGGCCGAAGAAAAAGGGAACGGCUCACCACAUGAAGACAAGGCCCAAGAAGACGCAGCCGUGGGAUGUUAAGCGUAAGGGUCCCACCCUCUACCCAUCUCUCCCUCCCCUCCCUCCCGACUGGAAGUUCGCCAUCUCCGACGGCGGCAGCGAAGACAGUGCAACUGCUGCCGAGCAACCGGAGCCGGUAUCUCUGUCGGCUCCCGCAGCCGUUGUUCUUUGAGAUGAGAAUUUGUGUUCACUUAUUGUAUCGGAUUUUUUAAUCAUGUUUCACUUUUUAAAUCAACGAGGGCUUCUUUGACUCUGCCAAGAACGCGUACCAGGUGUUUGAUUAUUUGCUUCAUUCAAAACAUGUGAUAAGUCCCAGAUAGAAGCAAGGUAACUUCGACAUGUGGUUAUUCGCAGAUUUAAGCAAAUGUUUCCUGUCUCAAGAGAGCCUAAGUAAUACUGGAGAUUUAAGAAGCUUUCUUAAUUAUGCUUGAUUUAUAUAAAGUUAUAUUUUAGAAAUCA